AGGGGCGAGGAGACUGGGAUUGGGACUGGGAGAUUGGGACAGAUGCCAAAGGCGGAAAGCCAAAACCAAGAACAAAUCCAAAUCCAAAUCCAAAUCCAAAUCCAAAUCCAAAUCCAAAAAAGAACCCAUCCACCUGCCGUGUCGACUAGUCAACACCUAGCUGGUACAUUACGAGAUGGCUUCCAUUGCUGACAAGGCUGCUGUGACCUGAACUGUGAGCUUUUCUUUCUUUGAGCCCCACCAUUCGCUCGACAAUUACCCACCGCCGGAAACCUUUGCAAACCUCCCCCGCAGCAACCGUUGAUCUAAAAAUUUACAUAAAGCCAUUCACCCCCUUUCACCGGUCGGAUCUUCUGCUCUCUUUCUACGAUCUUCUUUCCACAUGUCAUAUAUAUUCUCCCGUCUGCGACUAUCAGCUCCAAGAAUUCCAACCCACGCACAAUUCCAAUACCGAAACUUUUCUCGCACAAACGUCAUCAUGGGUGUCACAAAGCAUGUCUUGAAGGAGGGUACUGGUGCAAUCCCUAAGCCUGGAGAUACCGUCACCAUUCAAUACACUGGAUGGUUGAAGGACACUACCAAGGGAGACACUCUCGAGAGCCAAAAGGGCAACCAAUUCGAUUCUUCUGUCAACCGUGGUCCUUUUGUUGUUCAAAUCGGUGUUGGUCAAGUCAUCAAGGGCUGGGACGAGGGUGUUACUCAGAUGAAGCUCGGUGAGAAGGCUACAUUGGACAUUACCCCUGAUUACGCCUAUGGUGCCCGUGGUUUCCCCCCUGUCAUCCCAGCCAACUCAACUCUUCUCUUUGACGUUGAGCUCCAAAAGAUCAACUAAAUACGCGAUAUUCAAAAGUUUUCGAUCAUAGACCGCCAUUAAGGCGAGAAAGCUCAGGCUUACGAAGAACGGACGAACGAACGAGUGAAUGAAUACAUAUUGGGUGGUGGCAUACGUGAGCCGCCCAUUAAGUUAAAAAUGAAUACCACGUUGUUUCUAUGAAAUCACCAUGCA